CUUCCGUUUUUCACACAUAUGGAUCACUCUCCUAGCGCGGUUAUGCUUAGCUUGGAAGGUCUUCAUAGAAACAUCAUACACUGAAGAAUAUAAGAUGCAUAGUAAAUGUACAGCAGUAAGUAAUAUAGAAAGGAAAUGAAACUAAGUAAAUAAUGAACAAAGAUCACAAAUAAAAGCAUCAAUUUUGGUACGCAUGCUAGGAUACAUAGUUAUUUUGCCAAUCGAAUCACCGAACUUCAAGACCGUGAUUAGCUUAGUGGUGGCAAAAGUUUUAUUUAUGCAUCCGGAUACUGAAACACAACAUUCAUUGAACUACAUAGUUGAACGCAAACUAUCAACUCCAAGAAUAAAUAAAUCAUAACACAGCAUACAAAGAAGAAGAGCCAAAGGGGUACAAAACAAAGUUCUUAACCUCAAAAUAAGUUUCAUAAUCACACCAAGCCCAAGCAAAAUACAGUGAUAGCAUAGGAACCCGCAAGUAAGCAUUACCUUCUUGCCUGUUCUGCAUGUACAGAUUUAGUGAUGGUACUCUCAGUUCAAACGUUAAAGGUUUGUAGGUGCUUGAGUAUGGAUAUGCAUUUUACUUUAGAAAACAGAAAUCACCCUAACCCACAACAACUAAUGUAGAGACACAAAGGUUUCACAAUUCCAGCUAGCUGUAUGCGAGAUGUAAAAACUCAAUGGAUCAAAUAUUCAAUCCAAACUCCUUGAUCCAUCCCAACUACUGAACAUUAAUAGCACCAAUAUCAUAAACGGUCACCACAACUGCUGCAAUUCCCUACCACCACCCAAAAGCAGCACAUAGAUAAUAGAGAAGAAAAGAACAACAUACUUGGGACUGAAACAACACGCACUCCAUGCAACCGUCGUACUCCCAAAAUAAACUUCCUUCUCCUCCUAGCUAAAGUUGCAAUAUGGCGAUCAACACGACCGAGUCGAUAUUUCAACUUUAAUAUAACUAUUAUCAAGAAGGUAAACAGGGAAGAACAUCUACAAAUCAAGUCACUGUAUACCGAGAAAGAAUUUCCUUUGCUGUGCAAUCAGAUCAGCAGUAUAUAAUACGCAUGGAGAAGAAAAUGAAUAUGUUCACAGUCCUAAGAAUUUGAGAUCAAAUUCACUUACCACCCUCAAUUCGCAGCCUCUCUGCGUCAACUUCAGCAAGUGUCGGACUUUCAGGAGAGAUACAAAUAGCUCUUCCUUUCCCUAACAAACACACAAUGAAAUAUAUGGUUCAAAGUACGCUUCAACGCAGAAUCUACAUUACUUUGAAUCUAAAAAAACCCUAACAAAGUACGUCAAGAGUAAAUUACAUCGAAUAAGACCAGGUUUAGACUUCAAUGGAGGCUGAUUUGAGGCAAAAGAAGGUUCCUCACGCUGACGCUUAGGCCUCAUUGCUGCAUAGCCAAACGAAAACCAAUAGCCAGAUAAGUAAGCUAAUGACAAUGAUGCAAAGAUAAAAGGAUGGAAAGGAAAACAAAAGGCUGCAUUACUCUUCUUCCAAUUCUGCUAUGUUAACUAACUUUUGGAGAUGAGUUUGACCUUACUAAAAUUGGACUUUAAUCCUCUAAUACAGGAUCACUAUGAUUUGAUGCAAAAUGGAUACUCCAACAAAAGGUAGAAGCUGAUUCCAACUAAUUGGUUAUCAGUUUCAACGCAUACCCAAAUAAAGCUUGCUGGUGAGAGCAAAAUGCACCGACAGACAACCACGGAGAGCAGGAAGCAAUGGAGACGGGAGUCCUAGCCUCAAAUACACCAAACAGUCAACAACAAUACCCAGCCCACUUGCAAGUCAGAGCACCAAACACCAAACAUAGGACAGCUCGGAGAAAUCAAAGCGGUAUGUUGAGUGCGACUUGAAGAUAUGUUCCCCGACCUGUAGCUUGAAGAGAUGCGCAGACCAAGGGCCGGAAUAAUUUCCAAUUUGGAAAUUGGCACCAAAGAAAGACGGUCAGAAAGAUUUGGUUGGGAAGAAUGCGACAGAUUUUGCGUCGCUUUCAACCACCAAACACAACCAAGUUCAGAAAAGGAUUCGGGAUGCAAUACCUGGAUGAUUAGGGAACCCGCUUCUUCUUCCCCAUCAAACCCCGACCCGCAGUUUCUUGAUGGUUGCUAUUCCCUUUGAAACGAACAUAGAAAUCUGCGAAUCGGAUUAGAAAGGGAGUGAGAUUUAAUUACUUUGGGAGCGGUGUUGAGGGUCAGGCGAGGAUAGCGGUACCUGCGGUGGCAAGGGCUGCCGUGAGCUUUCCAGGAGUACGGGAGACAAUCGAUCGAAGAGUGAGAUGAGGUAUGAGCGAGCACAAUGGUUUGCUUGCUCGACGUCGAGAUUUGAAACGGGACUUUCAAGGGCAACUAAUUGGGGGAGAAGAAUUGCAAGAUUAGCGGUGAUAUGUUCGGCUGGAACACAAAAAGAGAGAAGAGAAGAGCUGUGGAAGGCAAGGGAGAUCCUCGGCAGUGAGCGGCGGCGGUGGCGUGGAAGAUGAUCGCUUCCUGGUAAAAGAUUGGAAGACUGAAACAAAUUGAAGAGAUAGGUUAGGAAUUUCCACAAAAGCCCCUCCGAAUUGUGCGGCCAUUUCAGGAGAGGCUGACGUGGCAAAUGCUGCUUUUUGACAUUGGCUUAUAAUUUUUUGUAGAUGUGUAGAUAUACUAAAGUUCUUAAUCAAUACUGGAAUAAAAUAAAAAUUUCAAAUACACCCUAAACUAUCUAUUUCUAACAGCCAAGUCCCAUGCGUUCCUUCCUCGCACAAAGGACACUGAUCGAUCAUGUCGAAAUCCGAAAACGAAACGCGGCGGUUUCUAUGCGAAUGUGCGCCGGCCGGCCACAUGACUCAUCUAAAGAUUACAUUACAUAGGUAAAUGGGGGUGUUCAAGUCGGUCAAAAGAGCAGAGUCUGAGAUUCCUCCACCACCACCAUAAAAUAACAAAACCCUAAUACAAAAGAACAAAACAUAUCACAGAGCUAGAGAUUCCUCAAUUAGCCGCCGCGGCAAGCUCGCUAACGUACCACUUGGGCUUCUUUCCUCUUUUCUCCCUACAAAACAGCAUCCUCUUAAUUACCUCUCUAUUUGGUGCAUGUGGGAACCAGGAAGCCGACGAUGAGUCAUAAGUUGAUUGAUGGUCUUGUGACGACGAUGGUGGUAAUGUUGAUGCUCUCUCCUGCAGCAAAUGGUAGAGCUGCAGCUGGAGUCGUAUCAUCGAUCGAGAACGAAACGCCGACGCCCUCACCGAUGCCUACCGCGAUGAUCGCAACGACUUCUUCCCCGUUGCUUGUUCACCCGGCUGUGGAGUACUGGUGCUGGCAAUGCUGCUGUGUGAUCACCAUCGGAAUGGGGGACUGUUGUUUGGAUCAUGAUUGAAAGAUCAAAGUCAGAUCAAAGUUUCUCAAUUAUUACGGAAGCUUUACAUAAUAAAUUUGAUCAGUACGUGCGUGUGACUGAUACAUAAGAAAUAAAUAUCCACUCAACUUUCCUAUGUAUGUAUUUUAAUAACUAUUAUAAAACGGUGUUACAUAUAAUUUUCUAUAACACGUGGUCUAAUAAUAAAAUCAAGUUAUUAUAUAACGAUGCGAUGCUACUUUGCAAGAAGCAGCUUGAUGUAUAUUGGUAACAGCCAUACAACACAAAGAAAGCAGAGUUAUUUUGUGGGCUUUCAAGUAUCGAACCUGGAUCGUGUAAAGGGACUCGAGUGACCACGUGAUAUAUGUGUGCCCUUCUGACGGCCGACAACAAUGUUUCUCGGUUUUUCAUUUCAUGCUUUACUGUUUACCUUCUUACCUCCAUAAGCUGCCAUUCUUGUCUCAACUUCAUAUAUAUUGGUGUUGUGCCGCGCUUUGCAGCGGCAUUCCACAGUCUUUAGAGAUCUCGUUUGCUAGCUCGUGUUUAUGCUGCAAUGUGAUUAUAUUCAAAGUUCCAUGAUAAUCAAUAUUCCCUAGUUUGACAAUAAAGAUAGUGUUAUGGA